AUGGUUCUGUCGCAAUUGACGGGAAGGUAGUCUGUAUCAAAAAUAUUGUACAGGACCCAUCAGGUCAAUUGCAAAUAGUUUACGCCAACUAUUGUGCAAUAGACGACUACUUCGAUUAUCCCAUUAGGUCCUCAGCCGUUAAUGUUUUCAAGGCAUUUGCUGGUCGCAUUUUCACCACCCUAUUCACCGAAGACGUAACAGAGUUUCUGACAUUCUACGGGAAGAAACCAGGAAGUAGAGCAUUUUUUGGUUCACCAAUCUACGACCUUAUACUCGGUAACAAUUUAAAUUCAUGUACAUUAUGCAUUUUCCCUACUAGACGUCUUCAGUAAAUGGUGUGCAAGCCAUUCAUCCGACAGACAAAAACUAGAAGAGGCAUUUAAAAACGUCUUCAAACGGGCUCACGACAGACAACAGCGAAAAUGCAAUAAAGCAUCAAUUAGCGGACUGCAGAACGGUAAUAUAUAUACUUGCAUUAUUAAUUUAUCUGCUUAAUUAACUUUAAUGCAGAAUAAAACCACAAUUACAUGUUCUAACUGUUCUGCGUUAUCUUCCUUUCAGAUGCCCAACCACCGGAAGACCUUGAGAGGACGCAAACUGAUAAUCAAUGA